AUGAGUGAGCUACUGAACUAUAUUCUGAACAAUGAGGAUGCGUUCCGAAGGAAUCGCCUUCCCUCGCUGUAUUCAGACUUUACCCUCCAGAAGAGGACAAAUCCUGACGGCUAUGCGGUCAAUAUUGCAGCGUGGGAACAAGCGUUGACUAAAGCAGCCAAGCGCGGAUACACCUUCUCACGAGGUGUACGGCCUAGAUCGGGCUCUAUUGAGAACCCGAAGGAAUCGAAAGCUGGUCGAAAGAAGACUGAUCAUCUCAUUAUUCGCACCGAUGAGUCUCUCUUGCGAGAUUUGGAACUUGCUGAGUGGGGGAGGCCGGUUGCCCUGGGUGCUGUCUUUGAUGAGGCUAUGCGGAAACGCUCCAUGAUCCCCUUGGCUUUGUACAAGGCUAGCGAGACCAGUCUGCAGAAAGCCCAGUGGAGGCUGAUCGAUCCGGCGGCCCUGAGCCCCUGGAACGUGGUGAGUUGGGGAGUGCGACAAUUGAAGGGAAUCGUCAUCGGACCUGAUGGCGAGUCCGCUCCCAACCUGCAGGUGCAAGAAUUAGUGCUGGUAGAGAACUUGCAGGAGGCCGCAGAACUGAUCGUGAAAAAAGCUACCACGAACAGCAUUUCGCAAUUAGACCAGAUCUACUCCAAGCAAAGCUUCAUUGAAGAGUUCGCCUCAGUCUUGCAUGAUGCAACUGAGUUAUCUGACUCAGACUUCGAUGUCCUGCUACUUUAUUUAUCUCGGGACAGUAAUGCAAUCGCAUAUGACGGCAAGACGAUAAAAUUCAAGCCGAAGGACAAGACUGCAGAGAUCACACCGGAGGACAAGAGCAUUGCUUCCAUCAAAACGCUCAUAUCCACGUUGUCGAAGCAGGUCAAGAGUCUGGAAGACAAGAUUGCGGACUUGACAGCAUCUGCAAAAACGGCCUUGUCUAACAAGAACCGCAUCUCCGCAUUGUCAGCUGUGAAGUCGAGGAAAAUGGUCGAGCAUAAUCUUCAACAGCGCCUCAACACACUCGCCCAGCUUGAGGAGGUAUACUCGAAGAUUGAGCAAGCGGCCGGCCAGGUAGAAAUUGUGCAGGUCAUGGAAGCUAGCACUGGAGUUCUUCGCAGUUUGCAUGCGCAGAUUGGCGGCGCCGAGCGUGUCGAAGACGUAAUGGAUGAACUGCGUGAAGAAAUGUCUAAGGUGGACGAGGUGGGAAGCAUCAUUAACGAGGCCGGGCCGGUCUUCGAUGAAAGUGAGAUCGACGAAGAGCUCGCGGCCAUGGAGAAGAGCGACCACGAGGAGAAAGAGAAGAAGGAAGCCGAAGCCACACAGAGAAAUCUGGCCGAGUUGGACAGCAUCAAGCAGGCUUCAGACGAAACUGCAGGCCAGACGCAGAGAGCGAAAGACGUGGACAGUCAAUUGGCCCACAGCAUUGACAAACUGUCCAACAUGACGAUGGAAGAGCGCCCGUUGCCCGCCAAUUAG